AUGGACAUGGAGCUCUCCUCCUCCUCUACCACCGUCGCUUCCUCACCUGCGUCGCCGCCGCUCGGGAGGUGCGUCGUCCGCAUCAGGCUCCCGCCGGCGUGGACGCCCGAGGAGGACGCCGUCCUGCGCCUCGCCAUGGAGAACGGCUCCCGCCACUGGCGCCGCAUGGCGGCGCAGAUGCCGCGCCGCCGCCGCUCGCCCGCGCAGUGCCGCGACAGGUGGAGGGACCACCUCGCCCGUGACGUCUUCCACCGCCAUUUCACCUCCGCCGACGACACCGAGCUCGCUCGCCUCUGCCUGCACCUCGACGACGCCGGCCACCGAUGGAAGCACGUCAGCAGGGCCGUCUAUGGCCGCAGCUCGUGCGCCGUGAAGCGACGAUGGAGGGAGCUGCGCAAGAGCGACGCGUUCCUCAGCGCGCUGUGGCGUCCGAGGACGACAGCGCCGCAGCCAAUGCGGCGAUCACGACGACGUGUUGAUGAACUGUGGAUGAGCGCGAGAGCUCGCGUCGUCGCACAUUUGAUCGACGAUCUGCUCUUCCAAGAGUGGUUUUUGCUAGUUGGUCACUAG